AAACGUUCUUCCUUUGUACGCCGCUUUCUGCAACUUCUCGCCCCUUCUACACAAUCCGCGUGUUUGAGUAGUUCUCAGCCUCGGCACAGUUGGGAGUUGGGAACGCAUGCUCUGUAGCGUUUGAGUUCGCUUUAACUGCCUUACAGCAUAGCAAGCAAGCAAGCCCUAGCCUUCUCUUCCAACUUCGCCUGUCCAGGAAAACGUUCGGAAGAAGGAGAUGGAAGCGAAAAGAGACGCAAUGGAAGACGUACGAUCGGUGGUGGAAGCUGUAUCCGCUGACGACACUGACGGUGCUCCUCUUUACCAGGUCGAAAGUCUCUGUAUGCGUUGCCACCAAAAUGGCAUCACAAGGUUCUUAUUAACCUUAAUUCCACACUUCAGAAAGAUUUUACUGUCAGCCUUUGAGUGUCCACAUUGCGGUGAGAGGAACAAUGAAGUGCAGUUUGCUGGUGAGCUUCAGGCACGAGGGUGUCAUUAUCAAUUGGACUUUCCAUCAGGUGAUCAAAAGAUGCUUAAUCGGCAAGUAGUGAAAUCUGAGACAGCCACUAUUAAGAUUCCUGAACUGGAUUUUGAGAUUCCUCCAGAGGCUCAGCGUGGAUCUCUAUCAACAGUGGAAGGAAUUUUGGUACGGGCUGCAGAUGAAUUGGAGGCUCUUCAAGAAGAACGGAAGAAAGUGGAUCCUCAAACUGCUGAUGCAAUAGAUCAUUUCUUGGUAAAACUGAGAGCUUGUGCAAAAGGAGAGUCACCCUUUACUUUCCUUCUUGAUGAUCCUGCCGGAAACAGCUUCAUUGAGAACCCGUGUGCACCAUCUCCAGAUCCAUCAUUGACUAUUAAGUUUUAUGAGCGAACUCCAGAACAACAAGCAUUAUUGGGGUACCUUGUUGACCCAUCACAGACGGGAGAACUUGCUGAUGAAGCACCACCAGGGGGAAUGGAUGAUACCAUUGAACAUACUAGAACAGAACCACACAGAUCAAUUGGAGCAGCAGCUGGUCAGCGGGCUAUUGCUCAGGGUAAUAGUGCCGAAAUUGCUGAAGCUCUGUUUCGGUACACUGCACCAGAAGAGGUGAUGACUUUCCCAUCAACAUGUGGCGCUUGUGCUGUGAGGUGUGAGACUCGAAUGUUCCUCACCAAGAUUCCAUACUUCCAGGAAGUGAUUGUCAUGGCAUCCUCUUGUGAUGCUUGUGGUUAUCGAAAUUCUGAGGUAAAGCCUGGUGGUCGUAUUCCUGAAAAAGGAAAGAAAAUUACAGUUCUUGUGAAGAACUCCCAUGAUCUAAGCCGUGAUGUGAUAAAGGCAGAUACUGCAAGUGUAAAAGUCCCAGAACUUGACUUGGAGCUGGCUAGUGGGACAUUGGGUGGAGUUGUCACUACUGUUGAAGGCUUGAUCACAAAAGUUAGUGAGAAUCUUGAGAGAGUACAUGGAUUCACCUUUGGAGAUAGCCUUGAUGAGAGUAAGAAAAGCAGGUGGCAAGACUUCAGAUCGAGACUUAACAAGCUUCUGAGUGUGGAAGAGCCAUGGACUUUGAUAAUCGACGAUGCCCUGGCAAAUUCUUUUGUUGCACCUGUAACUGAUGAUAUCAAAGACGACCAUCAGCUAAUCUUUGAAGAAUACGAGAGGUCCUGGGAGCAAAAUGAGGAAUUGGGUCUGAAUGACAUGGACACUGCUGCAGCUGAUGCCGCUUACGAAUCAACCCAUGUUACAGUAUAGGAGGGAGCUGGUGUGAUAUUUUCCUACUUUCUUGGUGUUUCUUAAUCCUGUAGAAGCUCGUGUCGCGGCCUAUUUAUGUGCAUUAUCUUCUAUUAACAUUAUGGUUGGAAAGGAUUAGGAAGCGAAACCCCACACAUACAGUCAGUAUACAUCUUGUUGAACGUUAAUGCAACUGAGAAAUGCUUUAUAGUGUGUUGUCACCUCAUUUGGCCAAAAAUUCUAUGGGGUUCUUUGCCGAAUCCCAGUCCUAGAUAGCAAUAUGAUGUUGUAAGAAGAGCAAUCUGUAGUUUUAUAGUUAGGCGGCUUUCACUCAUUUUUAGUUGACAGUGGGAUUGGCUACUAACUAGCAAUUUCAUGUGUCUUUUCAUUGCCAUGAUUCAAGCAAUUUCAUGUGUCUUUUCA